UUCGCCGUUGCCUUGGCAGCAGUUGUUGAAGCGGAAGCCACGUCUGGACGUUUCAAAAUGGACAUACGAGAGAAAAAUUUGCUGGGCUGUGGAGAGAAUAUUGUUGAAAUGGACGACUUCGACGAGGAAGAUUUCGCUUUAUCAAAGUCAUCAGCGGCAGAUGCAGAGUUUGAUGCAGUUAUUGGCAACAUCGAGGAUAUUAUUAUGGAGGAGGACUUUCAGCGGUUACAGCAGAACUUCAUGGAGAAGUACUACCAGGAAUUUGACGACACAGAGGAGAAUAAGCUCGUCUAUACAUCCAUCUUCAAUGAAUAUAUUGACCUCCUGGAGAAACAUCUAGAACAACAGCUUGUGGAGAGAAUUCCCGGAUUCAGCAUGAGUGCCUUUACACAGUCUCUCAAGCAGCACAAAGAUGAAGUCUCAGGAGACAUAUUUGACAUGUUGCUGACUUUUACAGACUUCAUGGCCUUCAAAGAAAUGUUCAUCGAUUACAGAGCAGAGAGGGAAGGCCGAGGGCUGGACCUGAGUGACGGGCUGGUGGUGAGGUCUCUGAGCUCUGUGGCCCCUACACCAAUCCCUUCCACCGUGGCCGUGGGACCCAAGUGAGCCAGGAGACUCAUCUGAUCCUGACGCCUCCCCAAUCCCAGUGCCUCUCCGACACCUACGCCUCCCUGAUCCUCAAGGCAUCUCCGACAUCAACGCCUCCACAAUCCCAACGCCAUCCCAAUCCCAACGUCCCCCCGAAUCCUCAAAGCACCAACGCUUCCACAAUCCCAUCGCCUUCCCAAUCCCAACGUCUCCCCGAUCCUCAAAGUACCAAUGUCUCCUCAAUCCCAACACCUUCCCAAUCCCAACGUCUCCCCGAUCCCCAAAGUACCAACGUCUCCCUGAUCCUCAAGGCAUCUCAGACAUGAGCGCCUCCCCAAUCCCAACAUCUUCCCGGUCCUCAAGGCACCAACGCCCGCCCAAUCCCAGUGCCUCUCCGAAACCAAUGCCUCCCCAUCCCCAAUGCCACUCCGGUGCAUACUGAGCCUCCUCCGACCAGUAAGUGAUCCGAACGCUUCGCUAGCCCUCACACCCAGAGCCACACACCUCAGGAGGGUGCUGGUCUGCUGUGGCAGGUUCCAACCACUGUCAGAUGGGAAUGACUGCUGGUACAUAUGACGUGGACUUUCCUGACUAUGCCUGUGAGUUUGUAAGCUUUUGGCCUUUUGUUUCUCAAAUGUGGUCUUCAUAGACCGACUGUAAAAUCUGUGUGUCCAUAUGCGGUUUUAUGAAGAUGUACCUGAUCAUAACAUUUUGUUCCUGUAUUUUUUCAGCAUUAGAAAAACAGAGAAAGACUAAUAUUUAUAUGUUUAUGUUUUUUUUGUGUGUGUGCAGAUUCAGAGCGACGAGAGUGUGUGUGUGUGUGUGUGUAUGUGUGUGUGUUUGCUUGCCUGGCCCUAUUGUAAAGUAUGUGUGUAAAGUGACUUAUAGUUGUUAUAUGUUUCUGCAUAUACUCUAGUCUUGUUUCUUUUCACGUGUUUCUUCCAAAUGGCUCACUUACAGGCUUUAGACAAUAAGACAUUGGUGUUAUGUCAUGUGUGUGCUUGACGUAACUCCAUUGUGUUGUUAGUGAAUUUAUGAUUAUUUUUUGUUCACAGAAAGGGAAAUGUUUGCACUUUGUUCAGUGCAUGGCUGUAGAUGGAGCAAGUUUCCAUUUGAGAGGAGAACCCUCUCUAUCUUGUGUCUACUGCAAUUUUAAGGCUCUUUUAUUUGUACACCUUCAAACAAUACUUUUGUCCAUCUCGGUCCCUUAGUUCUUUACACUUCUAAAUGUAGUCCGUCAACUAUACAUCCAAACAACAUCCCACUUCCUGCUGUUGUCACUGAAGUCCCUGAAAUCGUCACUCCAUCAGAGAUGUAAUUUUUACAAAAUGGCUGUCUUUUACAUGUACAUAUUUGUUGGUCAGGCUUUGUAAAUAUGGAUGUGACUGGUGAGAAUAAAUGCAAACAUGGUUUAAAAUCAUUUUGUACUUUA